AUGUCAGAUGCUUAUGAUAGUAUAUUACAGAUUAGCUUGAAUGCAUUUAAAGUAUUACUCGAUACUAGUAACUCUGUUGACAAGUUGAUUAGUAAAGCCAUUAAUGACUUAUUAAAGGGCGAUAAGAGUAAAGAUAAGGGAAAUAAAGGAUUUGUCAAUGAUUUGUUUUGGUGCAAAGAGAAUCUACCAACUUCAGUAAACAUUAAGAAGAGCAAUAACGAAACUGACCAAACUGGCGAUACUAGUAGUGGGAAUGAAAAUGUAAGAGAUGAGGCGAUUAAGAAGUAUUACAAUACAGUGAACUAUUAUUAUGAUGCUCUAAAUUCAGUAUUACAAGAGUAUAAUAAUGGGAAAGAAAAAGAUCAAAUCAAGUUAUUUGAGGAUAUCUUUAAAGAUUUUAAAAAUUUUGAAGAUAUUUAUUUUAAUUUAAUUAGUUAUUUGAUUUACAAUAUAUUGGAUGAUAUUAUCGAAGUAUACAAGACAUUUAGUGUUGAUAAUCUGGAUAAUGAGGAUUCAAAGGAUUCAGAAAAGUAUAAUACGUUAAAAAAGACAUUUGAUAAUUUAAAGAAAUUAAAAGAGAGUUGUAAUUUAAAUAAUAGAGAUAAUUUGUUAGUUAUGAAGGCGGUUAGUGAGAGAAUUAUCGAAGAUAAUAGGUCAUUAGUUGAAUGA